AUGCUCUCCCAUGGCAGGACCUGCCUAAAAGGGCGUCGUGUCUCUACCCUCUUGGACAACAUCGCUGCUGGCCCCGACGAACCGCUUCUCUUCCUCUACCCGCGCUGGUACAAGUCGACAGUUCGACAUUACCGGUCCCUUACUUCUAGACCUUCUGCUUCUGCGAGGAACACGCGCGCCCGAGAACUCAUCCCCAGAGGUUCUCCUCGUUCACACCGAAAACUGUCACCCGGGCACAUCUUCAGACGAUGGAAUUCGAGUAGCAAUCCUCCUAGAGAUCCCGACGGGGAGGAAACAGCAGAAGCUUCACGCACGCCAAAUGAAGCUCUCACGACCACGACUACCCCGAACAAUGUCUCGCCGGAAAAUCCAGAGGACCUCAUCAAAAAUGUAUGGACCGAUGAUGAGGGAAUUCUAAUGGUCAGUCCCUCACCGAUCGGGAAGCCAAAAAACUCCGAGCCAUUAAUUGGGCCAACGAAACCUCCGUUCAACCCCUUGGAUCGUUCUGAACUGGACCCUGAACUAUGGCCAGAACCAGAGCCAGAGCCAGAUGACUCGCAACCAUUGAAGACGAAACAGCCUGAGGGUCGGAGGGUCCUGUUUACCGGCAGCAGCCUCUUUCGGCUUACGUCUCGAGAUCAGAAAAAGUUGAAACUCCAACGGAAUCGCCUACAACAACAUCCGGAUGAAAAACAGAUUCCAUGGGAUGUCAUAAAGGAUACGCUGAUUCGAUUGCAAGAGCAGUCUGCCACUUGGCCGAAAAAGGAUUCAAGUUAUUUAAAACAUAAGGAGUUGUCGAUACGGGAGGAGACCGUCGGGCUUCUCGCAGGGGUUACCAAUUAUGGGAUGAGGGAGAACAUCUGGUACAUACCCAUACAUCAUGGCUGCAAGAUCCAUUUGUUGCAUCCACGCGAUGGCGAUGGCCGGAAUCGGAGGGUCAUAAUCUCGGGGUCAGAUCGUGCAGUCGAAUUGGUCAGCGACCGUUUUAUACUUGCACAGAGUCUCCAGGAAAAGGCAGACCCCAUGAUCGAUCUCCAGAGACCCCCGGUGCCUAUUAUUUCUUCCAGACAUCAACUCAUAUCCAAGGGUAUCAAGCCUCCAGUCAUUCGAGGCACUUGGGAUAUACAGCUCUCGACGCCGGGAGUGAUAGACACCAUCAAGCCUUUGGCGGAAAAUCUGUCGACCGUGCGGGAGUUCGCGGAAUACGUUGAGGAGCUGACAAUUUCUAAGCCCCCUCCUGAAUCAAUUGGAGAGAAAAUGCCGCACCGAAAAAAGAUAGCUGAUGCGCUGGUGGCGGUUUUUCAGGUUGAUGCAUACGAGAAACUGUUUUCCUCGGCUGCGUUGAAUGAAGCGCUCUCUUGGAUGUGUGAAUAUAAAUGCUUGCGGCAUGUCUACCCAGUUCUCCGCCGAGCCCAACAUGUUGCAACGGUGGACACCAUAAAUAUCCUUCUGGGAACGGCGGCCUCGCGGCAGGACCCGAACACGUAUCACCGGCUUCUCAAGGCCAUGUUAAGGGCGAAAAUCCGACCGAAUGAGCAAACCUGGAUCACGUUCCUCGACCACGUCGCCUUACCCAAAGAGAGGGAACAACUUUCGAACUGGCUGGUGCGACAGGGGCGUAUUGCAGGGAUUGAUUCGAGGCGGGCGGCCCUUCGGUUGACACUCAACGAAAGGUUUCUCUCGCAUCUCGAGAGAAAACGUAGCGUGGACUCGUUUGUCCACAAGGUCAACACGCUGACGGACAAUUGGUUUUCGGCGAAAUCGAUCGGCCAGAUGUUUAGCGUCAUUUCCCAUCGGAUGGAUUAUGAGUCUUUGGACCGGAUGCUGGAAAUCUGCCGGGAGCAGAACUUUGAUGUUGACAGCUUUGCUAUCCUGCGUGUCAUGAAAAUGUUCGGGGAUGACACAUUCCUCGCCCUCCGGUAUCUAUACCGAUGCCACCUGUACCCUGAGCGGGUGUUCGAAGAUAUUAUGUGGGAGAAACUCUUUGUGAUGGCCUGUAAUGAUCACCGUUACAAUAUCGCUCGCGUGGUGUGGCGAUACGCCUGCAUGUAUCAGGGCGUGACGACGAGAAUGAAAAAGGCUGCCAAUGUGGCACUGAUCACCAGGCUCAAAAAACCCAGGAAUAGUGAAUAUGUUAAUGCCUGGAUCACCACUGCCGGGAGGGUUAUUGUCGGGUUGGACCUGCAUCUUCCGAAGUACAUCGAGAAGAGCAAGGUCAUGGAAUACGCCCCGUCUGAGUACCAUUCGAAUCUGAUCGCCUACCUCAUACCCAUGAAGCUGACCGGCAAAGAACGUAUACGGCAAGUAAAGUUCGCCAAGCUACUGCUACAUCGCGAUAUCCGUGUCGGCCCGUUCUAUCGUCCAGAACUGCCCUUCCCCGUCAUGUUGGAGGCUGCCGCCCAGCUGGAUCGUGAAUGGCAUCGCAUUCCGCGGCCGUUGAAUUGGCUACUGCAGAACUCCAUUCAUGUUCCCGUGCAUCGCAAGUGGAUCCCCGAAGGCAUGGCAUGA